AUUUUACCAGUGAGACAUGUUUACUGCAGAUUUUAAUGGAUUGUUAUCAAUUUGGCAGAUAUAAUAUCUUGCUGCCACCUUUGCGUCAAUAAUAUAUUACCAUCUUGGUAAGGUAUUAUCAUUUUUAAGUAAAAGGAAAAGUGCGGUAGCAUUUUCUUUACGAACUGAGAAGCCGCAACUACUUGGAACGAGCCAGUGAAAGUUGACCAAACUGGCGAGUGUUGACAAUUUGCAGCAUGUCGCAUACUGGAAACACGGGAGCAUCUGGAAAUGGUCCCAAAAUCCAGGUGUUCCAUCCUACCAUGGAGGAAUUUAAAGAUUUCCCCAAAUAUGUUGACUACAUUGAGUCAUGCGGGGCACACAAGGCAGGGCUGGCGAAGGUGAUACCACCGAGAGAAUGGAAGCCCAGGACCACAGACUACAAUAACAUCGACAUGAUCAUACCGGCACCAAUCUCGCAGGUGGUCACGGGCAGUCAGGGACUCUACCAACAGUAUAACAUCCAGAAGAAAGCAAUGACAGUGAAGGAGUACUCCAUCCAGGCAAACAAUGACAAGUACAAGACGCCGUACUACCGCGACUACGACGACAUGGAGCGUAAGUACUGGCGCAACAUCGCCUACAACUCUCCGAUCUACGGCGCAGACAUAUCCGGCUCCCUCUAUGACGAGGGCGUCAGCGAGUGGAACAUCAAUCGCCUCGGCUCCAUCCUAGAUGCCAUCGACGAGGAAUACGGCAUUACUAUAGAGGGUGUGAAUACGGCCUACCUGUAUUUCGGAAUGUGGAAAACGACGUUCCCAUGGCACACUGAAGACAUGGAUCUAUACAGCAUCAACUAUCUGCACUUCGGCGCACCAAAGUUCUGGUAUUGCAUUCCGCCGGAACAUUCGAAGCGUCUGGAAAGACUGGCAGCAGGCUUUUUCCCCUCAAGCAUACAGCAAUGCCAAGCAUUCUUGCGCCAUAAGAUGACCAUCAUAUCACCACACAUGCUGAAACAGUACUCCAUCCCAUACGACAAGAUCCUGCAGCACAAGGGGGAGUUUAUGAUAACGUUUCCCUAUGGUUACCACAUGGGAUUCAACACAGGCUACAACUGUGCUGAAUCCACAAACUUUGCCACCGAACGAUGGGUGGAGUAUGGCAAACGAUCUGCUGUGUGCACGUGCAGCAAGGACAUGGUUAGGAUCAGCAUGGACACGUUUGUGAAGCGGUACCAGCCCGAUCGUUACGAGCUGUGGAAGGCUGGCAAGGACAUCGCCGCUCACCCCGAGGACCCGCACCAGUACAGACCGCGCGUCAGGGUGGAGAAGGACGACAGCAGCCAGACAGUUGUUAAGAGGGAGCCACCGGCAGAGUUGACGCUUGCGGCUGCUACUGUUGGGAUCCAGGCUACGUGUGAGAUGAUUGUUAAGCUGGAGCCUUUGGCAGUGUUGCCAUCAUCAACCAUAACUAGCCAGCCUCCGACGAUCACGACGACUCAGCCAGCGACUGUUGCUGCCAGCAGCAUACAGGUUACACAUGCCCAGGAGGAGAACGGACAUCGGACUGCGGAGAUCCCGCGUGUAUCAGCGAGCAUCAUGGAGAGGCUUCUCGCUGCCGGCCCGGCGAUGCAGGUUACCGCGGUAACGGGGGCCGCGUGGUCGCCCACCACCGCCGCCAGAACGUGUCCGUACGCGCGCAAGCCCCCUGCGGUGUGCGGCCGGGACGCGCCCACGGUCGUCAGCACCUCCCCCACGGCCCAGCCCACGCUACACGCUUUCCCCCUGGCCUACCCCCUCGCUAUAAACUCCCUGUCGCCAACGGCGAACCACGCGGGUCCAAGUAGCGCCCCCUAUGACGACGUCAACGGCGGAACCAGGGCGCCCUCUGUGGGCGUGAACGUCGGAGUGGGCACGACUUGUGCGCAGCCGGAUGGAAGGGUGGCAGGUGGCGCCACCGUGAAACACGAGCUGGCGGAGCAGCACAUCGUUGUCGGAGCGCAGGUCGAGGUUCACUCUGAGGUCGAUAACAGGGAGAGGAAGGAGGGAGAGCGCGUCACGACACACGACGCACGCGUCAAGGAAACGAUGCCAAAGAUCAUCCGACAUGAACUUGUGCUUUCCUCCGAGCACAACCAGGAGAUAGAGCCACCGCAGCUGUCUCCGGCCUACGCGCCGGCGUUCGAGGUGGCAUACGGUGACGGUCUGCCGUCGAGCGUCAUGGCAACGGAGAAUGACGACGAAGACGAUUAUUCCACGGCCGGUCCCGCCUCCAACGUCGCCAUGUUUCACCCGUACUCGUUCGCACCCUCCGCGUCGCCCCCGGCAACCCAUCAGCAGCAGCAGCAGCAGACGUACGAUUCCCUGAGCGGCGGCAGCGGGAGCAGCCAUCCGGGGCUGGAUCUGAUCACGCGCGUUGCAGACGACAUCCUCAACGGGAAGCAGAUCGUCGCUCCGAGCGGCGCGUCGCUCGUGCCGGAGCUAGUCGUCGUGCGCGGCGAGCGCCCGGGCGACGCCGGCGCCCCCACGCUGUCGAGCGUCAACUGGCAGCAGCUGCUGAGCGCGGAGAUGGGGCGGAGAGGCCAGGAGAAGAAGAAGGCAAGGCGACAUCCGAUACACAAGGUCCACAGGAAUCUAGAAGCGGUCUCUAGUGGCGAAGAAGACAUACCCGAGGAGCAGCUGAUGCCAGGCUGGGCGUUGGAGUUGAAUCGGCUGUGGCAGAGCAAGCCGGUCGCGAUCGAUGCAGAGCGAGAGUACAACGCAGCGAUGAGCCUGCUAGAGCCACACUGCGCCAUCUGUCAGCUACUCAAGGUGCCCGAGGUCGGGGAGGAGCGGCGCGGCAAGUCGCCGAGGAAGAGCGUUCCGCGGCUGGAGGCGAUGCCGGCGCGGUCGUCGCCGUGGGUUCCCGAAUUCUGCUUCAGCCCGACGUCGAUGGCCGACGACGCGGCGCUGUCCGUGCUGCCACCUAUGAGUCACGAGACGCUGAGUCGACUGCUGGUCUGCUCGCGGUGCCGCGUCUGCGUCCACGCUCGUUGCUACGGUGUUGCUGAGACAGAGGAUGCAGAACCAUGGAACUGUCGGAGGUGUGAGCAGGAGCAGCUACCCGCAGAAUGUUGCCUGUGUUCGCUGCGAGGAGGCGCUCUGAAGCCGACAACGGGCGGAGGCUGGGCACACAUUGUCUGUGCGCUCGUCAUUCCUGAGGUCGGGUUCGUCGAUGCGGACAAACGCGAACCAAUCAGCGUCACAAGGAUCACACCGGCAAGGUUGCGAUUGAAGUGCACGUUCUGCUACGCGUGGAUGAAGUACAAGCAGCCGGCGUCGCAGGCGUGCAUCCAAUGCUCCGCCGGCAAGUGCUCCAUGUCGUUCCACGUGACGUGCGCUGUCGCCGCCGGCAUCCUGUUCGAGAACUGCGAUUGGCCGUUCCUGAUCUACGUCGCGUGUCCACGUCAUCUCGUCAACAAGGAGAAGAGCGUGAAACCGAUCUCUGCGCGGCAGAAUUCUGAGGUCGACGAGGGUGAGCAGAUGAUCGCGAAACACAAGAACGGUCGUUACUACCGCUGCGUCGUCAUCAGCGUGAAGAAGCAGGUUUUCUACGAGGCUGACUUUCUGGAUGGAUCGUACAGCGAGAACCUGUUCCCUCAGGACGUUGUGUCGCACGACUGUCUUAAGAACGGGCCCCCACCCAUGGACGGGCCGUGUCGAAUAAAGUGGACAGACGGAAAGGUUUACGAUGCGAUAUUCAAGGCCACACAUGAUCAUACGAUGUGUUUGGUUGAAUUUGAGGACGGUUCUGAGCUGACAGUGAAGCGAGGCGUUCUCUACACGCUGGGCGAAUCGUUGCCGAAGAAAGUGAAAUCUCGACUGUCGUUGGCUACCGACAGACGACACGACGACAUGUUUAAAGACUGCAGCAAGCCAUCGACUAGCAAGCGUCAGCGGAUAGCAAACACAAAAUACAACAAUCCGAAAUUGCUAGGCAUGCAAUAGAGGGCGCCACCGCGCGGCUUCAGCUGGAGCGGUCGCGGGGAGGGAGCUCAAGCGAGCGAUCGCCAAUGGAGAGCUGGAGCAUUGACUGGAGUCGUCGAUGGGGGAGAGCUAACAUAUGUACCUUAACGGCUGUCCUUGGCUAGGGUGGCGGCGGAGUGAGAACGAUGGACCCUGGUCUUGCUCCCAGGCACGGUGUCUACUGUCACACCAACCUACCAUUGGUCAGCGUCCUGCUACAGUUGAUCAAUGAUGCUACAGCAGUGGAGAGCGUCCCGCUGUGGGUAUUAUCGAAAUCUAGUUCCCGAUCAGUUGUUGUUAACGAGCGUUGCGUCAUCUAAGAACUUCACGUCUUUUUUUUGGUCCCCCGUUCGCGACGAAAUCCGACGUUAAUUUCCCACGUGUACCGCGCAACAACGUUAAUGCCUCUCGCUCGGUUUGUAUACAAUAGGCGGUGUAACUCUACGCUCGUUCUUGUGUUUUUGCGGCUUUCCCUUCGACAAUGGGGUUCCUUGCACCACCCGCCCGCCACCCGUGCGGGCCACCACGCGUUCCGGUACUGUGUACUACUGGUUCUUGCGGUUCGGUCUGAUCCCUGCCGCGGCGUGGAAGCACUCGGAGUGGAUACGGGAGCUCUACGCUUACUUUGACGCCGUCGCUGCGUGCUGCGGGAGAGCGGCGAGGGAGGGAGAUAAACGGGUGUUCUGAUUGGCAGGUCUGAUUGUCUACAUGUGGUGACAAACCACCGUGUGCUAUGUGUGAGUGUGUGUGUGUGUGUGUGUGUGAGCAUGUGCGUGUGACUUUGUUCACUGAUUUUGAUCAUCGUUUCUCAGUCGUUUCGUAGAGGAUUUUCUAGAAGUGAUUUUCAUUUACAUCCACAUAAGAAGCGAUGACAGGUCAGUUGAGGUCAUGUGAAGGUGACACAAAGUUCAGUGGAGGUCGCAUGAAUGUCAGUGGAGGUCACGCAAAGGUCAGUGGAUGUCACGCGAAGAUGAUGAUGUGAAUUAUUACAUGUAUUAUUGUAAUUUCAUGAUAAUAUAGAUAUAUAUAGACAGAGGUAGAGAUCAUUUUUGACUCUCUUACCGAUUGUAUUAUAUUCUUAUUGUUCUGCUAUAUUACAGGUCUGUAGAAAUGGCGUUUCAAUGCAGACCUUUCUUUGUUUGUCUAGGUUUCUAUGUACUGUAAACGUGCAAAGUUAUACGUUUUUUUGUGGGACGUUGUUGUUUCGAACUAUUGUGCUUGUGUUUGUCUUACUACAUGAGCAAGUACGUAACAUUCAGUGUUGUUUGGGGUGAAAUCUAGCGGACGUUUGGGAAGUAGUCGUAGCGAAUGUUCUUGUGUUUCUGACAAAUCCCAUUUGGAAUAUGGAGGGUGUUGUUGUAUAUUUUGAAAUUAGUUUGCAAUUAUAAUAGAUUACCAAAAUAAAAAGCGCCAAUACCAUGUAGUUUUUAGUUGUCAACGGGAAGAGAAAUGUUUACCAAGUAAGCUGACUAUAUUUAUUAUUGUAAGCUGUACAUGUUGCUGAACCCUAUGGAGAUGAAAGCACAGCAUAGAAUCAUGAACAUGUGUAUGCUAGGAUGGUGAUGUUCAUGGUAUAAUCAUGCACCAGUGAAUACUAGAUAGUUAGGCAUAGGUUCAUGGUGUAAGACUAUCUCGAGUCGCGUAAAAACUCAUCCGUUUUUAUUCGCUCCCGAUACUAUCUGUGUUUCGUGAGAAAGAUUUUAAUAUAUUUGACAAUGAGCGUGUAACCCGCUGUUAUAUUUACACAGAGGGAAACAUGUACACGAGACUUGAAAACAUAUGAACUACAUUUUUUUUCGCUAGUACAUAAAAUGUAUAGUAAUAACGAAUUGCAAUUUGCAAGUAGCAGGUGUGUUACAAUGCGCCGCGGAUGGCAAAUUACCUCGCAUUGAUAUAUAAUCUUUCUUGUUCUUGCUACAUUACUUGUGUUAACUUUUGAUUGUGUUUGUCGCACGUUUGGCAAAAAAGAAAAAUCGCGGUGCAAGUCGCGCGUAGCAACUGUUUGUUGCCGAUCGAAGUUUAGGGAGAAAAAAAAAACAAGUCUAAUUUUCUUGUAUUUUACUUAUUAGUUGUUGAAGGCUUAUGUUCGAUUUCGUUCAGCUGUGUUAGCGGUGUGUUUGUGUUUCGUUUGGAAGCUACUGCGUCUUCCUCUAGAUCUCAGCUCAUAGCAGAGAGCCUGUAGUAAUGAUGGUUGUUAUGGGGUCUUUAUUCCUCCUUGAAUAAUGAAAGUAAAUCAAUAGAUUUUCGUUCGA